AUGUCGUCUAUCACGUACCGCGCGAGGGAGAAGAAGCGAUGCGUGAGGUGGGUCGAGAAGUACUUCAAGGACUGCCUGUGCAACGCCAAGGACGAGGUGUCCUUCGGGUUCGGGAUGAUAAGCCUGGUGUGCUGGGGCGUCGCCGAGAUCCCCCAGAUCAUCACCAACUUCCGCACCAAGUCCAGCCACGGCGUCUCCCUCGCCUUCCUCCUCACUUGGGUCGCCGGGGACGUGUUCAAUCUAGUUGGCUGUCUUCUUGAACCAGCGACGUUGCCGACUCAGUACUACACAGCCCUGCUUUAUACCGCGAGCACUGUGGUGUUGGUGCUGCAGAGCCUGGACUAUGAUCAUGUCUACAGUUUGUGGAAGGGCCGACACAUCAAGAAACCCGACCCACAGGCUGAAGAGAAGGGAUCAUUGAAACCAAAAGCCACGCAUCAAUCAGGAAUCCCCAUUCCUGGCGCUGCGGCUAAAGCAACUCCAGUAAAGGCAUCGAGCAAAGAAUUCAAUUUCACCUCGGCUCGAUCUUUGGCUGGGAGCGACUCGUCUUCUGGUGACGAGGCUGCUCGGGUUCCGUCCGCGAAGUCAGUCAGCAGGCCUAAUCCAAUCGCACGAUUGGUGGCAUUUUUCCUCACUCUGAACAAAUCUUUCACAGAAGCUCAUGUUGUACUCUCCACGAGGAAAUUGUUACAUGGUCGAAUGAAGCACAAUGUGAUUGGACAAAGGCUUGGAUGGUUGAUGGCCGCCACAUACAUGGGUGGCAGAAUUUCUAAGAUAUGCUUAAAUCUCAUUGUUUUUGUCAUUGCCCAAAUUAAACAAGGGAGCGUUGAGGGUUUGAAUCUUCUUAUGCUCAUCUUUGAGCUGGUUGCUAAUGUUACAUAUGCGGGAAGCAUUCUAGUGAGAACCGUCGAGUGGGAGAGUAUCAAAGCUAACAUGCCAUGGCUGUUGGAUGCGAUCGUUUGCGUGGCGCUCGACUUAUUCAUCAUAUUGCAGUACAUAUACUACAGGUACUUCAGGAAAAGCGAGAAUAGCGACGAGGAAAUCCCUGGAUAG